AUGGAACACAAAACAAAUAACAACUCUUGUAAUGAGCCCAGCCUUGAUAGCCAAGUAGCAAAGCUACCUAAGGCUGAGGAUGUGGAAGCACUCAGGGAGUCAUCCGGAAAUAUGGAUAUAUCAAAGGAGACGACUCCUGGUGAUGCUAUUGAGGAAAGCGGAAGAAAUCCCACUCAAACAUCUAUCCAAAUUACAAAAGAACUUUUGCGCAGGCUCCAUGAGGAGCUAUGCGAGAUUAGUAUGAGCGGCCUUGACCCUGAUUCUAAGAAAGAUUUAAUUAUUAAAAAUAUUAACAAGUUAAACAGACGAAUGACUCUUUUGACUAGGCAGAGCGAUAAUCAAGGUGAAGUAGACCAGAACAGCGCUGGUGUUGAAGAAACGAUCGCCAGCGAACCAAAGAUUGUUGCCAACUUCACCUACUCCCUUAGGGAUGUACCUCGGUUCCAACUAACCACAAUGUACAAGGUUUAUUUCCCUAAUGAGCCAAUGUAUGAUAAUGUGUGGCAAUUCACAACCGCGUAUGAGAUAUUCAUGAACAUAAUCGGAUUGGACUGCGAGAAAGAUUGGAAGAGAUUCAUCCCCGUGGCUUUUCACCCUUCUUUCAUGUACUGGGUGAAGGAAAAACUGAUCGCUGCCCCAACAUGGCCCGAGGCAAGAGAAUUGAUUGAAAAGAGGCUUGACAUAAACUUUUCACGUUCAAAGGCUCGGAUGAAUGUACUUGGUAUGCGUAUUGGUAGCAAUGAGAGUGUAGAAGAUUACUCGAUGCGGUUUCUCGAGGCUGCAUAUAUGGCCAGGAUGGAUACCAAGGACUACGCACUUGGAGAGAUUUUUAUGUGUGGUCUGCCAUCAUCAUGGUAUAAUAUUCUGUACGACAACCUGGACUCCAACCCUGAAACGAGCAGCUUUUUGAAAACAGUCGAAGAUGUAACCGAGGCCGCCAAAGAUAUUACCAUCGACCGCUUCGAUAGCUAUGGGAAAAGAAAGUUCUCCGGUGAGCCUGAGUGA